AUGAAGCAGCAACACGAGGGAGCCUCACACGCUGGCAGCGGAAGGAAGGCCGCUACCAGACCGCAGGGGCCGGUGGUCAGGGGCACGUCCGCAUGCGCGGGCCCCGAGAUCGCCUUCACUUCCCCCGGACGCCGGACAGGUAUCGCCCGGCGGCAGCGCGGCGCCCGUACACCAUCCGCUUCCCAUCCCUUCCAUCCUGUCACCCCUCUUCCUGAAACCCACGGGAAUCACUGUCUGGCAUCUUCCACAAUCGCCAGAAAAACAAGACUCCGAAAUCAUCUCCGGACUGAAACCGCCCUUUCGAAGAGAACGCUCGCGAUUUCCUGCCCUGCGUCAUUUAAUUUCAACCUGGAACAAGUAGCAUUUGGGAGGGAGGAAAAAGGAAAAAAGCAGAUCAAAUCUCUUCAGAAGCAAGUAAUGAAUGUAAAAAAAGAACGACAAGCUGAAGUACAGAGUCGGAAUGAAUAUAUUUCUCACCUCAAGGACCAGCUUCAAGAGAUGAAGGCAAAAACCAACAUGGAGAAUCAAUAUAUGAAAAAAAAUACUGAGCUGCAGAUUUCUCAGACCCAGAGAAAAUGUAACAAGACAGAGGAACUCUUGAUGGAGGAGAUUGAGAAACUAAGGAUGAAAACAGAAGAAGAGAACCGAACUCAUAUGGAGAUUGAAGUGUUCCUUAGAAAAGAGCAACAGAAACUUGAGGAGAAACUAGAGUACUGGAUGGAGAAAUUUGACAAAGACACAGAAAUGAAACAGAAUGAAUUAACUGCUCUCCAGACUGCAAAGGCCACUGACUUGGCACACCUUCAGGAACUGGCAAAGAUGCUCCAGGCCUGGUGGCGAGGCACAGUGGUACGGAGGGAAAUCGGAACUUUCAGACUGCCUAAGAAAGAGAAAGAUGAUGUCAAGGAUGUGAAAGGCAAAGGUAAAGGCAAGGACAAGGACAAGCGGAAAGGCAAGAAAUGACCAAGUUCUCUUUCGUCCUUCUCUCUGCCCGUUUGGAUGAGAAAAAAGAUUUGGAGGAAGAUACAAAUACUACCAAGCUACAGCUUGAUGACUGGGGCAUUCCCGGAGGAAGCUGGGGGAAUCGCCUUGCCGGUUAUGCUAGUUUACAAACUCGGAACUACGAUUUCACCAUCAACUGCAUAUUUUCAUUUUGCUUGGAAGAAAGUGUGAAAUUUCCUCAUUUUUACCUCACCAGAAAAAGUUCCUAGGUAUAGCUAUAGCAUGGUAUUAAAACGUCAGUAAUUCCUGUAAUGUAUCUUACCUAAUCUAACUAGACUCUUAUAGAACAAAAAUGAAGUAUUCAGUAGGAAUUUUAAGGUGCUGUUUAUAAAGUUAGCUAGC